ACGUAUGAUUGCGCGCUACCUACCGAUGUAACAGUCCACGGUAGAAAGCGUCGUUGAGUGCUUCCGGCUCCUCUAACGACGACGUCACGUAACGGGCAACAAUGAUGGAGGUAUUGCUUUCAGAAUGCGGUAUAUCGAAUCAGGAGGAUCGAAUCGUCGGUGGACGACCGACAACCCCGAAUAAAUACCCGUGGGUGGCGAGGCUCGUGUACGAGGGUCGUUUCCAUUGCGGAGCCAGCCUCGUUACCAAUGAUUACGUUAUUACUGCUGCUCACUGUGUACGAAGGUUAAAACGUUCAAAAAUACGUAUAAUAUUAGGUGAUUACGAUCAAUACGUAAAUACCGAUGGAAAAGCUAUAAUGAGAGCAGUGAGCGCUAUAAUUCGUCACAAAAACUUCGACAUGAAUUCAUACAAUCAUGAUGUUGCUUUGCUGAAACUUCGAAAAUCUGUGAAAUUUUCCAAACGUGUCAAACCAGUAUGUUUACCUCAAAAAGCUAGCGAUCCAGCUGGUAAAGAAGGUACCGUAGUAGGCUGGGGUCGGACAUCGGAAGGUGGUAUGCUGGCUGGACAAGUCCACGAAGUUCAAGUACCCAUAUUAAGUUUAAUACAGUGUCGUAAAAUGAAGUAUCGAGCUAAUCGAAUUACGGAUAAUAUGAUAUGCGCCGGUCGAGGCAGUCAAGAUUCUUGUCAGGGUGAUAGUGGUGGACCUCUUCUCGUGCAGGAAGGCGAUAGACUCGAAAUAGUUGGAAUAGUUUCUUGGGGUGUAGGCUGCGGAAGACCAGGAUAUCCUGGAGUUUAUACAAGAGUAUCUAGGUACCUGAAUUGGAUUAACACAAAUAUGAAACAAGGAUGUAUAUGUACAAAUUAAAAAGAAUCGAUCGAUUGUU